AGCUCGAACCAAGAUGGCUGCCCCCGUGGAUCUGGAGUUGAAGAAGGCUUUCACAGAACUACAAGCCAAAGUUAUUGAUACUCAGCAGAAGGUGAAGCUUGCAGAUAUCCAGAUCGAACAGCUAAAUAGAACAAAAAAGCAUGCACAUCUUACAGAUACAGAAAUUAUGACUUUGGUAGAUGAGACUCACAUGUAUGAAGGUGUAGGGAGAAUGUUUAUUCUUCAGUCCAAGGAAGUAAUUCACAACCAGCUGUUAGAGAAACAGAAGAUAGCCGAAGAAAAAAUUAAGGAACUGGAACAGAGAAAAUCAUACCUGGAGCGCAGUGUGAAGGAUGCAGAGGACAACAUUCGGGAAAUGCUGAUGGCCAGAAGGGCACAGUAAACCUUUAUUUGACCCCCUUUCCUCUGCUCCAUUUGGGUGGGGCAGAGCAGCAGACUGGUGUGCUCUAACUCGGAGGACUUUUUGGAAACUGCUUUUAUUUGGAACAUUGUUAAGCUGCAGCCUUCAAGGUGGUGGCCUCCUGUACCCCAGGGCUGAGCCACUUGCAGAUCCUUGGCCUGAGGUUUGAUCAUGACCUGCUGAAGCUGAGAGGAGGAGGAGGAGGAGAGCCCAGGGCAAAGGAAGUACUCCCUGUUCAGUAACUCCAGUUACCAUUUUUGUUACAUAAAUAAAAGGUAUCCAUCCCCUUC